UGGCUGCAAUAACUUAGGGAGCGUCUACCUGGGUGACACUGCACUAGGAAGUUUUCUGUUUGUUUUGUUCUGUUUCCGAGGGUCCUGCACUCUUCUCUUUCUCAUAUCAACGUGACUCUUGGUGGUUUUGCACACCCUGCUCUGUGGGGGAGUGCCCCAAUGUGCUUGUCUUAUGUGGCCUCUAUGGACACACUGCUCAGCUGGCAGAGAGCAGGGAAGCUUUCUCCCAGCACCCAAAAAGAGAAAGAGGAAAUUACUUUUUCCUUCUUGGCUCCUUGCAGCACAAUAGUUUAGGAUAAACUUGCACUUUCUCUCCCUGGAUUUUCUGGAGUCUUUUCCAGGAAGAAGUUAAACCUUCACCUUUAAAUGGAUGACCAUGUCACAAUCAGGAAGAAACAUCUCCAAAGACCCAUCUUCAGAUUAAGAUGCUUAGUGAAGCAGCUGGAAAAAGGUGAUGUAAAUGUUGUGGACUUAAAGAAGAACAUUGAAUAUGCAGCAUCUGUGCUGGAAGCUGUUUAUAUUGACGAAACAAGACGACUGCUGGAUACCGAAGAUGAGCUUGGUGACAUUCAGUCAGACUCAGUCCCACUGGAAGUCCGGGACUGGUUGGCUUCUACCUUUACACGAAAAAUGGGGAUGAUGAAAAAGAAAUCCGAGGAAAAGCCAAGAUUUCGGAGCAUUGUGCAUGUUGUUCAAGCUGGGAUUUUUGUGGAAAGGAUGUACAGAAAGUCCUAUCAUAUGGUUGGUUUGGCAUAUCCAGAAGCUGUCAUAGUAACUUUAAAGGAUGUUGAUAAAUGGUGUUUUGAUGUAUUUUCCUUAAAUGAAGCAAGUGGAGAGCAUAGUCUGAAGUUUAUGAUUUAUGAACUGUUUACCAGAUAUGAUCUUAUCAACCGUUUCAAGAUUCCUGUUUCUUGCCUGAUUGCCUUUGCAGAAGCUUUAGAAGUUGGUUACAGCAAGCACAAAAAUCCAUAUCACAAUCUGAUUCAUGCAGCUGAUGUCACUCAAACUGUGCAUUAUAUAAUGCUUCAUACAGGUAUCAUGCACUGGCUCACUGAACUGGAAAUUUUAGCAAUGGUCUUUGCUGCUGCCAUCCAUGAUUAUGAGCAUACAGGAACCACAAACAACUUUCACAUUCAGACAAGGUCAGAUGUUGCCAUUCUAUACAAUGAUCGCUCAGUUCUUGAGAAUCACCAUGUGAGUGCAGCUUAUCGACUUAUGCAAGAAGAAGAAAUGAAUGUCUUGACAAAUUUAUCAAAAGAUGAUUGGAGGGAUCUUCGGAAUCUAGUGAUUGAAAUGGUUUUAUCUACAGACAUGUCAGGUCAUUUCCAGCAAAUUAAAAAUAUAAGAAACAGCUUACAGCAGCCUGAAGGGAUCGACAGAGCUAAAACCAUGUCCCUGAUUCUCCAUGCUGCAGACAUCAGCCAUCCGGCCAAAUGCUGGAAGCUGCACCAUCGAUGGACCAUGGCCUUGAUGGAGGAGUUUUUCCGACAGGGAGAUAAAGAAGCUGAAUUAGGACUUCCAUUUUCCCCCCUCUGUGAUCGGAAGUCAACGAUGGUGGCCCAAUCACAAAUAGGUUUCAUUGAUUUCAUAGUAGAGCCAACAUUUUCUCUUCUGACAGACUCAACAGAGAAAAUUAUUAUUCCUCUUAUAGAGGAAGCCACAAAAACAGAAACUUCUUCCUAUGGGGCAAGCAGACGAUCCAAUAUGAAGGGCACCGUGAAUGAUGGCACCUACUCCUCAGACUACUCUCUUGCAAGUGUGGACCUGAAGAGCUUCAAAAACAACUUGGUGGACAUCAUCCAGCAGAACAAGGAGCGGUGGAAAGAGCUGGCUGCACAAGGUGAACCUAAUCUCCAUAAGAACUCAGAAGAUCUAAUAAAUACUGAAGAAAAGCAUGCUGAUACAUGUUCAUAGGUUUCAAACACCUUAAAGGCUUCUGUCAUUUUUAUCAUUAAAGAAUGAUGAGAACAGCACUAAAACAUCCUCAAUCCUCAAUUUUUCACAAUGCUAUAUUCUUUUCUUUUAACACACACUUGGAUCAGGCCAUUUUUAUGAACUCCUACAUAGGAAUUAAUGAGAAGAAAAUAGAUGCUGAGCUGGUUACAUCUGACCAAAUAAAUAUACUCACGGUUGCUCUCAGAGUUUUUGGUCAGUGUGUCUGUGACUGUUUUUCCUCUACAAUUUCACCUUCUUCAAUCAAGCCAGAGAAGUUUUCAAGACAAAUGUUAGACAGCUUUAAAUUUUCAUCACCUGGAAUCCAUUAAAAAAAAAAUAGGUGAUUAGGCAGUACAUUGCAGAAGACAAGGUUUUUUUCCAAAUGUACCUUCUUCCAUUGCUUUACAAAGUGCUGUAACUGUAUUUCAAGAUCAUAAGUAAAAGGAAAGCAGAAACAAAAUUAUGGGAAAAUAAAUUUUGCAAACCCAAGGCACAGGUGCUUUAGCUUGCCCUUGUUAUUUUAAAUAUAUGGGACCAAAAUGAGAGGUGAAGUGACCAAAAGUUGCAGUUGAAAUCCUGACAGCAAUGGAGCGUCACGGGCUUGACUCAUAACUCUCAAACUGCAAAAUUGUGGUGAAACCUGUUCUGGGUUCCAGAGGACUGGCCUGCACAUUCCGUGGUUUCCAAGCAUGGACAUCAUCACAAUACAAGUCAUGCAUAACCUACAAUUCAAAAUAACAAGAACCUUCAGCCAUUAUGUGGAGGCAGACUAAAACUGAGCAUGGAAUUGGCUCUGGUGUGUUGCUCCCAUCGGGAUGUAACAGGCCAAGAGGAAUAAGACAAGAAGUAUCUGUGCUUAUGUGUGUGUGUGUGUGUGUGUAUCUGUGUGUACUCAAAACUAUCUAUGAAAAUGGAAGCCCACAUUUCUCUGUACAGAUGACGUUACUUGAUGUGACUUUGUCCUUUUACUACAAGAAACAGACUGCCACCUCGGAGACUCUGCUUCUUUGUCUUGCCUGAGCAUGUGCAGAGCCAUCCUUUAGCUCUGAACUGAAGAACGGCCUUUAUUUGUUUUUAGCUGACAAGUAGGGCAAAGAAAAAUUAGGUGUAUAAGAUUUCACUGUACAAACACUUCAACGAUUGUAAGACUACGUGAGUUUCUCUUUGAGAAAGGUAGAAAGUAAUGGGGGAAAAAUAAAGAGAAGACAUGAAUUAAAGACGAGAGGGGAAUGUCCAUCUUGAUGAGUUUUCCAUUGCACCUGCUUCUUUCCUGGGUUCACGAUGCUAAGCAAUAUUUUAGAAAUGGGUACAAUCAGAAGCUGUUCUUAGUACUGGGAUCUUAGAACUCACAGCUGAGAUCUCUUUUAAAGUGUAAGCCAUAUUCUAUAUGCAUAUUAGGUAUGCAUCAUUCUAAUUUAAGAUACAUUUGUGCAUAGACCAUGUAUUAAAUGCUUUCAAUGUUCUGUGCAUAGGGUCCUUAGACUUUGUUUUGCCUGAAUCUUGUUUAGAACACAGCUGAAUAAUUGAACUUGUGUCAUAGACAUUAUACUGCAAUUGAUAUGUUAAAUGUAAGCAGUAAAGAUUAUAAUGAU